UUUGUGUAUUGUGUUCAUUUACUAUAGAGUUUAUGACGCUCAACACUGCACUGAUACACACACUCGACAUUGAAUUCAGUUUCAAAUUCACAUUUGAUUCCGAGUGUAAACACGACUGAGCCAGCUGAACGCCGCACUCUGUUUGGAGCUGGAGUCUGUGUAGUUGCAGUGGAAGAGUGGCAGAAAUAACUGGAUGUUAAUGAGAGGAACUGGGCGUGUGUGGCGUCUGCUCGGUCUCUGUGGGGCUUCAGGCUGAGAAAACCCUCCAGCGCUCCUGGAGAAUGCUCUGGAUUAACAAUCAGACAAAUCAUUAUAUUGGAAAACCACUGCUGACGUUAAAGGAUUCGCACAGAGUGAUUUCUGUUCUUCUAUGAGACAAACAUUCUUCUUUGAUUUCACCAGUGAUGAUAAAAAUGAUACUUUCUGAGCUGGACACCUGACAUCUUGUCUUAAAAUGCGAGAGGAUGGAUAGCAGAACCAGCCCCACGUCAGAGUCUGGUCUUUCCAAUGGAUUUGUCAAUAGCGUGUUCAACGUUUCACUUGACGAAGAGAGCAAAGAUGAGAUCUCAUGGAUUCCAGAAUGCAAUUCCUCAGACUCCAUUAUUCCCAGUCAAACGCUCAGAAGAGAAAAACAGGAACCGGUGCGGCGCUCCAGGACGGCGGCCAUCUGGAGGAUCCUGCAGCGCCGCAAGACCCCCUCGGGCCUGGACAGACGACCUCACUCCGUCAUCCUCCCCGGGGAAGCGUCCUUCCUCAAACUGUCCAUCACUAACAAAGUCAGGUCCUUCACAAAACUAAAGUCCCCGUCUGUAUUUAAAGGGAAAGCUGGUAAGACUUCUGAUGCCAAAUCCAGCAUUGACCUUAAAGACGAGGCCGAUGAUGUGUACAUGUGCAAGGACUCUCCUUCUUCAGACUUCAAGCAUGUGUUUAGGAAUAAAGCCAUAAGACAUUCAUUUGCAGGACACACUGCAGACUUCUACUGUUCGUUUGAGGACAUCGCCCCCGCUGGAACCCCAGACAACGUCCAGCAGGAGACCAAAGACACCGUUAGCAACCAAAAUGGGUUUAAGUUCUCAGAAAGAGUCGUUUAUACGAAGAAAUCUCACCCCAGCUUCUCAAACUGCAACAAUUCAUCUGCGACGGAGCAGGAAGACUGCUGUGCGAAGCAAAGCCUCAAGAUACCUCAAAGAAGUCGCUGGUCCAGGAGGGGUGACGUUUUGAAUUACUUGAGAAGAAUUUCCCUCAAAGGAAAAGGAAAUCAGACAUUGGGAGAGAGUAGUUUUGAGUCGAUGAAUACCCUGGACAAAACCAUUGAUUCUGACUACGGCUCGGUCAACUUUGAACUGGUCAAGGAUUUGAACUCUGCACCUGAACAAACAGGGAUUGAUGGCAAAAGCAGCCAUUUCCGAGGCCUUCUCCGAUUUUUUAACACUGUGGCUGAAACUGCAAUGAAAUGGAGAAACUCGUCCCGCUCAUUCUCCCCCCCUGAAGGCCAGCAGUCGCCUCCCGGAUUGAGAAAGACGCAGGAGUCUGGAGAACUCGUGCCUUUGACAGUCAGGAGUGAGGAGAAAGCUGAAACCUCAGUUCAAGGUAAACCCACGUUAUCUUCUGACACGAGCAAGGUGGUCUCACCUGUCAAUGCUGCGGUGAAUUGCUCUCCUCCUGUGGAGCUGAAGGCCUGGAGAACAUGCCCAGACUCUCCCAGAGAUAACAGCUCCCUGUGUAAUAACUCGGAUGAAUCGCAGUCCCAGCUCAGCUCUACUCACAUCUCUCUAGCCACCAUCGAGAGCCACCCCAGAAAUGAAGACCCAGAGCCACCAGAAGAGACACAGACUGGCUUUGAAAACACGGCGAUCCCACAUCACUCAUCUAGCAAAGCUGUUGAUGAAAACCAAGAUGUUUGCACGGAUAAGAAAAAGAUGAACUGCCCGGAGGAGUUGUUUAAGACCCUGUCGCGGCCCCGGGGCCAGUCGCCUGAAGAUCCUCCUCUCAAAGCUCUGCUCCAGAGGUGUCGCUCUCUGCCGCUGCCCACCGCACUGUCGGCCCUGGAGCCCAUGGCCCUCACACACAUGCUCACUCCUCCAGCUAAAACCAUGGCUAAAUCAGUCGUUCUCCGCAUGAGGAACAGCAGCACAGGAUCCAACAGACAGAAGCGGUUUAGACCAGGAUCUGGACCACUGCAUGUCAACAUGUUGAUCAGCGGUGGUUCAGUGGUCAGCGCGGAGGCAGUAUGGGAUCACGUGACCAUGGCUGAGAGGGAGCUGGCCUUCAAGGCUGGAGACGUCAUCAAGGUCCUGGACACCUCCAAUAAAGACUGGUGGUGGGGUCAGAUGGAUGACGAGGAGGGCUGGUUCCCCGCCAGCUUCGUGAGGGUCGAUCCCCACUCUCCUCAACCUUACACAAAACCAGUUUUCUAUAUCAACCCUAUAGCAACUCCAAGGUUCCAUAACACAACAGCAAAGCUGUGGGUUAACCAGGACAAUACAGCCACAGAAUCGGCUGAGGGUGCCGGCGAGGUACAGAACGGACACAGCGACUCCAGCAACGGCUGUCUGUGCAUCGGCCAAGCGCUGCAGAACCGAGACCAGAUGAGGGCCAACGUCAUCAACGAGAUCAUGAGCACUGAGCGCCACUACAUCAAGCACCUGAAGGACAUCUGUGAGGGAUACUUGAGGCAGUGUCGAAAGAGGAUUGACAUGUUCAGUGACGACCAGUUGAAAGUGAUUUUUGGAAACAUCGAGGAUAUCUACAGAUUUCAAAUGGGAUUUGUGCGGGACUUGGAGAAACAGUACAACAUCGAGGAGCCCCAUCUUAGUGAAAUCGGACCGUGUUUUCUGGAACAUCAAGACGGUUUCUGGAUCUAUUCAGAGUACUGCAACAACCACCUGGAUGCCUGCAUGGAGCUCUCCAAGCUGAUGAAGGACGGCCGCUAUCAGCACUUCUUCGAAGCCUGUCGCCUGCUCCAGCAGAUGAUCGACAUCGCCAUCGACGGCUUCCUCCUCACUCCUGUGCAGAAGAUCUGCAAGUACCCUCUACAGCUGGCCGAGCUACUCAAGUACACAGCACAGGACCACAGUGAUUACCGUUACGUGGCAGCAGCGCUCGCUGUCAUGAGGAACGUCACGCAGCAAAUCAACGAGCGCAAGAGAAGACUGGAGAACAUUGACAAGAUGGCUCAGUGGCAGGCCUCGGUGCUGGACUGGGAGGGUGAUGAUAUUCUGGACAGAAGUUCGGAGCUGAUCUACACGGGUGAGAUGUCGUGGAUCUAUCAGCCGUAUGGCCGGAGUCAGCAGAGAGUCUUCUUCCUCUUCGAUCAUCAGCUGGUCCUGUGCAAAAAGGACCUGAUCCGCCGGGACAUACUGUACUACAAAGGGCGCAUUGACAUGGAUCGCUACACAGUGAGAGAUGCCAUCGAUGGACGGGACGACGACUUUAAUGUCAGCGUGAAAAACGCGUUCAAGCUGCACAACAGAGACAGCGAGGAGAUCCACAUCUUCCUGGCCAAGAAGCCGGAGGAGAAGAUCCGCUGGCUGAGGGCUUUCCACGAGGAGCGCAGGAUGGUCCAGGAGGAUGAGAAAAUCGGUUUUGAGAUUUCUGAAUAUCAGAAACGACAGGCUGCCAUGACGGUGCGUAAAGUGGCCAAACAGAAAGGUGUGAGCCAGAGCAGGUGCGUCUCCCCGGCGGACCCCUCGUCUCACGGACCCCUCAUGCUCUCCGAUGACACUCCACAGUCAGACCUAGUCGAAUUCCACCUCUCCAAAUCAGGACAAUCUCCAUUCUGGCAAAACUUCAAUAAGCUGACGUCGUUAAAAAAUGUGAAAAAAUAGUUCACUCUGUGUCUGAAUGCUCCCAGCAACGAAGUUCAAGCUCAAGUGUAUUUAUUAUGGACCUUACAAACACCUUGAACUUCCAUCUGGAUAUCACUGACAAUCACCAGGCUGAUGCGAUCGUACCCGGAUCCUCACGUGUGUCAUGCACUGUUCACUUUGAAGGCCAAAUUCAGUCGAACUGACCAGCAUAUGCUGUGACAGUGAUGGCCAUCAGAUUGAUAUGUGUCUCAAAGACAUUUGCUCCACAGGUUAACCAUGAAGAGCAUCCACAUGAGGAAACUCGUGUCUGCCGUACACUACAAAUAAAGUCACGGGGUGUAAGAUUGUAAGCUUUACACACAAUUAACAAUCAAAACAGGGUAUUGCUUUCUAAUUCAAGAGGUGAUUUUGUCAAUCCAAGGAACACAGACUUUGACAAUAUGAUUAUUCCUAGUGUUAGUGAACAAGAUUUGUGUCACAGUCUCGUAUCAUGCUCUUCUCAAUCAAUCACACAGGUUGUAUACUGACUGAACUCAUUUCAUAUGAUAAAUAUAGAUGUUUUUGUAUGUCUAUAAAAGGUAAAGUAGAUUUUUGAAUUUGCCUCCAAAGGGGGUUAUUUUUGAUUGUAUUAUAUGAUUACAUAAGUACUCUGUAGUAAGCACACUGAAACCAAUUCAUAUGCUUUGUAUUUUAGUUUUUUGUUCAUUUGUAAUAGCUACACUACAUACUAUUUAUUAUUGUAGUUAAUGGCAAAUAAUGAGCAGGUGUAAUGCACAGAACUCCUGGGCCAUGAAAAAAAAAGAAAUAUAUAUAUAUAUAUAUAUAUAUAUAUAUAUAUAUAUAUAUAUAUAUAUAUAUAUAUAUACAUAAUCAUGGCCUAAGAUUUAUUGCUGUGCAUAGAGAGUGCAUUACACAUGUAUUUAUGUAUGCUCAUGAUAAGAAACUCCACAGCUGUUGAAAUCUUCAGACCUCUGCUGAAUUUACAGUAAAUGAAUGUGAAUAAUGAGACAGCAAAAUUCAGAGAAUAGUUGUCUUUAUAGUGUAGUAGUGGGAAAGGCAGGGCUGAGUACAUUUGGCACAGUACAAAAGAGAGAUGCUCUGUCCUGUUCUCUUAUAGACAACCAGUAUAUCAAACCUUCAGUACUGAGGAGACAGAGCAGAUAGCAGAAGACCAGUAUGUGUUCUCCUUUAUUUCUGAUGACAUCCCAUGCAAUGGAAUCCAGAGGCUUUACAGAGCAGUCUUCCUGCUUUGAAUUACAAGUGCUUUUCAAAAGUGAUCAGAUCAGGCGAUGGCCCAUUUAAUGCUGUUUGUUGAGAAUGUGUCCAACAACCUUUUAUGUGAUUGAUUGCAAUGCCUAGUCAUAGCAUUUCUAUUGCUGUAAACGAAGACAACUGGCGUCCUGAAAUUAAUGAUCAUAUUUGUUCAGCAUCUUUUCUGAAUUUUUCAUCAGGUUUAAAGCUCCCCAUGAAUGAAAUUUAAAAAUAGCAUACACCUGCAUUCAUUUAUUGGUGAUUGAUGAAUUAACAGGUUACAUUUGGCACAGGUCAAAGUAGGACAUGGGAUGUGAAAAUUGGUUUGUAGGAUAUGAGCUCAUGUCUAUAGAUACACCUAAGCAGUUAUGUGAUUAACUCAUAACUAUAUAAUCUAAUCUAUUGGUGUUCAGUAAUAAUGCACUUCCUUAGUUACUUUCUGAUGAAUGUUUAGUAUGAAUUUACAUUUUGUCGGCUGUAAUGAUGUGCUAUGUUUUAAAGUAAAGAAUGAAAAUGAACUUGUACUUUCUGCUGUUUUAAUUUAAAUGACUAAGCUACUGUAAAUGACUACAUACAGGUUUAAUGAGACAAGUUAGAAAUUUCUUGUUCUGAAUAAAAUUUGAAAGGUCUAUUCUCACACACACGACAAAAAAAAAAAAAAAAAAAAAUCCAAACGAAUCACUGAUGAAAUGACCUUUGAACAUUCUCAUGCCAGAAAUAGAAGUAAAAAAAAAAAAAAAUAAAAAAAAAAUAAAAGAUUUAGUCUCAGUUAUGAUGUUCAACUGUAUGUUUGAAUUUGAUCAAGGUCAACAGCAAAAACACUGGUAAAUAAAGUGAUAUUAAACACA